AUGAGUUCCUACAUUGAGCAGACGACUUCGGCAUUGAGCGCGGUGGGAAGUUACAUGCGUCUACCGGCUCUAGCGUCUACUGGUGUUGCCACCGUCCUUACUGGUCUACUCUACUUUAAGCAAAAGGCCCUGAUCUACCCUUCUCACAUGCCCCCUAAUGCCCGCACAGACAUACCCAGACCGUCUCAGUUCGGCAUCCACGACUUCGAGGAGCUCUCCAUCCCCACCGAGGACGAUGAGAAGCUGUCGGCCUACUACAUCCGGGGGCCGCGCGGUCACGCCAACUCGUCGCUGACGGUCCUCAUGUUCCACGGCAACGCCGGCAACAUCGGCCACCGCCUGCCCAUAGCCCGCAUGCUCGUCAACACGGUCGGGUGCAACGUCUUCAUGCUCGAGUACCGCGGGUACGGCUCGUCCACGGGCGAGCCCGACGAGGCCGGCCUGUCCGUCGACGCCCAGACCGCCCUGGAUUACCUGCAGACCCGCGCCGAGACGCGCAGCCACCGCAUCGUCGUCUACGGCCAGAGCCUGGGCGGCGCCGUCAGCAUCAGGCUCGUCGCCAGGAACCAGGACCCCGAGACCAGCAACAUAGUCGGCCUCGUCCUCGAGAACACCUUCCUCUCCAUGCGCAAGCUCAUCCCCUCCGUCAUCCCCCCCGCAAAAUACGUCACCCUCCUAUGCCAUCAGGUCUGGCCUAGUGAGUCGGUACUGCCCACCAUCAAGAACGUUCCCGUGCUCUUCAUCAGUGGGUUGCAGGACGAGAUCGUACCACCGAGUCACAUGCGCCAACUAUACGACCUGUGCGUCUCCCCCGUCAAGGUGUGGCGCCCUCUCCCAGGUGGAGACCACAACUCGAGCGUCCUGGAGGAGGGUUACUUUGAAGCCAUCGCCGAAUUCGUCGCAGACGUCACGAGCGACGCCGCCACCGAAAAGGUUGCCCCGUAA